GAAACCUGCCCUAAGGCACUGGCUGGAAUUGCGUGCCGCGUCCGUCUCCGGAGGGAUCGUCUUUGGUCCCGCAGCCCCCUUGACCCCUCACCCUGUCGCUGGGCUGCAGUUGGCGAUUCCGCGCGGUGAAAGCUGCCAGUGCCCAGGGUCUGCUUCUGAGCGCACCUGGGCCUGCCGCCCGGCGAUGCCAUGGGGUCGCGCGCUGCUUUUCUACUCGCCGCGCUCCCACUGCUCGGUGUACUGGGAGGGUAGCCUGGGAGGCGUGCCUUUAUUCUUCCGAACCGCCGCUCACUGAGACCGUGGCUAGAAGUCUCUUUUGGACCCUGUGAGUUAGCCUUAACCUGUUACGACCCCAGCGCCCUCAGUGGAGCGCCGGUACUUGAACGGCAUGACGUUUGACUUCCUGGUGAUAAUCCGACGAGUUCGACAGAUUGAGGUAGUGAGCGAAGUUGCCUGUCAGUUGGCGGCCAGUUGACUUCGUGCGGACCCUGGCCUUGCCCUUGGAAGAGAUAGUGUUCUUAGGGCUGGUUUCACUGUCUCUUAAAACCGAAGGGUGGAGCUGGGAUAUAGAUGUGUUGUUUCUUUUCAAAUCAAACCUGCUUUAGGUCGUCACUCGAGGGUGUCUAGCCAUUAUGGGCAGUGGGGGCCUGGGAUUAGGGAUUUCUAAAGGCGUUUGAUUUGAAAAGGAUAACGUUACAUGAUGUAGGUGGUUUGCUCCCCUCUUCCCAUUUUUUCAGUCCCUCUUCCCCUCGUCUCUGGGUUUUGGGGUUGUUGUGGGGUGGUAUUUUUUCUUUUUUGCCUGUUCGGCUACUUCUGGGGCCCGGACUGAAAAGCUAACCAUGACCAACCAUUAAACUGUGGAAUAGUCUCUCCACGUGAAGAAAGCCCAUCGUUUGAGACCAUUAAAACUGGAUUCUUCAAAGCCCUGGAUCAUGACCGUAGGGAUGACCUCUGAGCUGGCCAGAAUGGACACAUUUAUGACCAAAUAGGCCUUUUUCCAUCCCUGACGUUUCCACUUGGAAUUAGAGCUAGAAAACAAGAACUGGUGAAGGGAGGGCUGCGGAAUCAGAUCAUGCCUGGAUCUGAUGGCUCCGUGCUCCGCUCAAGCCUGCUGUGCCUUCACACCAUGGUUUAUAUUGAAUGUGUCACCUGAGUUAUCAGGCUUGCUUUUCCAAAGUGUCACUUGUGAUAUUUAUCAUUAAAGUUUGGUAAGCAAUGAAGUCUGAGCUCUUUGUACAGUUUUCCUAUCAUUCUGUACAUGAUUUGAGUUAGGUCUUCCAAAACUGGUGGGGAGCAAACGCCGCACAUGUACAUGUAUAGUAUUUUUAAUAAUAAUCUACAUUUGUAAGUUAAGGAGGUUUACAUCAAAGUCCAAUUAAUUUUGAAAUUUAAUAAAAUGCAGUAACUUGACUACCCUGGAAUUUUGGGCCUUUUUCUUGUAAAUGUCUUUUUUGGUCUACAUUAAUAUUUUUGGUUCCCAUUACAAAAGUCAGCAUUUAAAAAAUAAGCAGACUUUUGUUUGUUUCUCUGUUUGUUUUUGAAACCCUAAAUCUGAGUGUUUUAAGUAAAGUUCACUAACUCACUCAUUUAUUAUCUGACAGUUUUACACGUUGACAGCAUCCUCAUUGGAUCGUUUAUGUUAAAAGCAUAGCAGAAAGUGCUCCCAUUGUUUGGCUAAAUUACUGAUUGGUCCAUGCAAGAGAAACAUGGAAGUGUCUUCAUGUAUGUUACUUCCUGCGGGUAUAAAGUUCAGAAGGAAAUAUUGAUACCGUAUCUUCUAAUAGUUUUGCUCUGUUGCCAGUGAACCUCCUUAAACUGCAUGUAUAUGUCACUGUUCCGAUGUAUGUGUGUCUCUCUAUCACAUAACCCAGCACUUAUUUCCUCAGCCAAGUGGCUAGGGGGCGAGCCUAGCCAAGAUUUUACCUCCAAUGGACGCAAGUUUCUUUGGUGAAGAUCUCUCCUGAGAGUUCGGGACUAGCAGAAAGAAGCGAGGAAAUUUCGACCGUUUGGUUCUUACGGAUAGAUAUGAUGGACGUGGUCACCUGCAUGACCUUUCUGAGUACGAUGCUGAGUAUUCCACAUGGAACAGAGAUUAUCAGCUGUCUGAAGAGGAGGCGCGAAUAGAGGCCCUGUGUGAUGAAGAGAGAGGAAGAAUACAAGCGAUUGAGUGAAGCACUAGCAGAGGAUGGGAGCUACAAUGCCGUGGGGUUCACUUACGGUAGCGACUAUUAUGACCCGUCAGAGCCGACGGAGGAGGAGGAGCCUUCCAAACAGAGAGAAAAAAAUGAGGCUGAAAAUUUAGAGGAAAAUGAAGAGCCCUUCGUUGCCCCCUUGGGAUUGAGCGUCCCAUCUGACGUGGAGCUGCCACCAACUGCUAAAAUGCACGCCAUCAUCGAGCGCACGGCCAGCUUCGUGUGCAGGCAGGGAGCGCAGUUUGAGAUCAUGCUGAAGGCCAAGCAGGCCCGGAACUCCCAGUUCGACUUCCUGCGCUUCGACCACUACCUCAACCCCUACUAUAAGUUCAUCCAGAAAGCCAUGAAAGAGGGACGCUACACCAUCCUGGCGGAAAACAAAAGUGACGAGAAAAAAAAAUCAGGAGUCAGCUCUGACAAUGAAGAUGAUGAUGAUGAAGAAGAUGGGAAUUACUUGCAUCCCUCUCUCUUUGCCUCCAAGAAGUGUAACCGCCUUGAAGAGCUGAUGAAGCCCUUGAAGGUGGUGGACCCAGAUCAUCCCCUCGCAGCGCUUGUUCGUAAGGCGCAGGCUGACAGCUCCACUCCCACCCCACACAACGCAGACGGUGUGCCUGUGCAGCCCUCCCAGGUGGAGUACACGGCAGACUCGACCGUGGCAGCCAUGUAUUACAGCUACUACAUGCUACCGGAUGGCACUUACUGCCUGGCGCCGCCCCCUCCCGGAAUCGACGUGGCCACUUACUACAGCACCCUUCCUGCUGGUGUGACCGUGUCUAACUCCCCCGGAGUGACGACCACUGCCCCACCGCCUCCUGGGACCACGCCACCGCCGCCCCCAACCACGACGGAGACAAGCAGCGGGGCCACCUCCACAACCACCACCACAAGUGCACUUGCCCCCGUGGCCACCAUCAUCCCCCCGCCCCCCGACGUCCAGCCUGUGAUUGACAAGCUAGCCGAGUAUGUCGCCAGGAACGGCCUGAAGUUCGAGACCAGUGUUCGUGCCAAGAAUGAUCAAAGAUUUGAAUUCCUGCAGCCAUGGCACCAGUAUAAUGCCUAUUAUGAGUUUAAGAAGCAGUUCUUCCUCCAGAAAGAAGGGGGCGAUAGCACGCAGGCUGUGUCCGCACCGGAAGAGGCUCCCACAGACUCUGCUCCUGAGAAGCCGAGUGACACUGGGGAGGACGGCGCGCCUGAAGACACGGCCGAGGUGGGAGCACGGGCAGGCUCAGGCGGGAAGAAGGAGGCGUCGUCCAGUAAGACCGUCCCGGACGGGAAGCUGGUGAAAGCUUCCUUUGCUCCAAUAAGCUUUGCAAUCAAGGCCAAAGAAAAUGAUCUGCUUCCCCUGGAAAAAAAUCGUGUUAAGCUAGAUGAUGACAGUGAUGAUGAUGAAGAAAGCAAAGAAGGCCAAGAAAGUUCUAGUAGUGCUGCAAACACUAACCCAGCAGUUGCCCCACCCUGUGUAGUUGUUGAGGAGAAGAAGCCUCAACUUACCCAGGAGGAGCUAGAAGCAAAGCAAGCAAAGCAAAAGCUGGAAGAUCGCCUCGCAGCUGCUGCCCGGGAAAAGCUGGCCCAGGCGUCUAAGGAGUCGAAAGAGAAGCAGCUUCAAGCAGAACGUAAAAGGAAAGCGGCAUUAUUUUUACAGACCCUCAAAAAUCCUCUGCCAGAAGCAGAAGCUGGGAAAAUUGAGGAGAGUCCUUUCAGUGUUGAGGAACCCAGCACUACGCCCUGCCCUCUACUGACUGGAGGCAGACCUCUGCCUACGUUAGAAGUUAAACCACCCGAUAGGCCUUCGAGCAAAAGCAAAGAUCCACCGAGAGAAGAAGAGAAAGAAAAGAAAAAGAAAAAGCACAAAAAAAGAUCUCGAACAAGAUCGCGUUCUCCCAAGUACCAUUCGUCAUCCAAGUCCAGGUCUAGAUCACACUCAAAAGCAAAGCAUUCUCUUCCCAGUGCCUAUCGGACAGUGCGGCGGUCGAGGUCCCGCUCCCGGUCCCCUCGGAGGAGAGCCCACUCCCCUGAGAGACGGAGAGAAGAGAGGAGUGUGCCCACUGCCUACCGCGUGAGCAGCAGCCCUGGGGCCAGCAGGAAGCGGACCCGCUCCAGAAGUCCCCACGAGAAGAAGAAGAAGAGGCGGUCCCGGUCGCGGACCAAGUCCAAGGCCAGGUCUCAGUCGGUGUCACCCAGCAAGCAGGCAGCUCCCCGGCCCGCGGCCCCCUCGGCCCACUCGGCCAGCGUCUCCCCUGUGGAGAGUCGGGGCUCCAGCCAGGAACGCUCCAGGGGAGUCUCUCAGGAAAAAGAAGCCCAGAUCUCUUCAGCAAUCGUUUCUUCCGUGCAGAGCAAAAUCACUCAGGAUCUCAUGGCCAAAGUCAGAGCGAUGCUUGCAGCUUCCAAAAACCUGCAAACCAGCGCCUCCUGAGACGGGGCCAGCGGAGGCAGAGCUGGGAGGCUGCGUGGGCUUCUGGGCAGGCUCACGCAGACGCUGGCCACACCAUCCACCUGGCCGCCUCCGUGGACCCUCGGUGGCUUUUGUAAAUUAAUUUUUGAUGACAUUUUCAGUUUUAAGAUUUCUGACCAGCAGUCUCUUACCUGUAUAUUUGUAAAUAUAUCAUGUUUCUGUGAAAAUGUAUUAUGAAAUAAAAUGGGAGGAAACACCUUUUCUAGCUAGA